AUGGUUUUGAGAUGCACCGUCGAUAAUUGCAAUAAAAUUUUUUCUUGCAAGAAGACUCUUAAGGAACAUAAUAGAACUCACACCGGAGAGCGCCCUUACGCUUGCCAAGUUUGCAAUAAAACAUUUGCACAAAACUCCUCAUUGCAAAAGCACAGAAGAGUUCAUGAUAAAUUAAGACCAUACUCUUGCAAUUUCGAAGAUUGCAAAGCUAAUUUUUCCUAGAUAAGCAACUUGAUCAGACACAAAAGAAUUCAUUCAGGUGAAAAGCCAUAUAAAUGUGAGUAUUGUGAUCGGCAAUUCGCAUCUGGUUCUAAUUUUAAACAGCAUUUGCAAAUUCAUGCCAACGAUGGUUCAAGAAUCCAAUACAAGUGCAUUGUUGAAGAUUGUGAUAAGUUUUAUUACUAUUUCAGCUCACUCAAGAAGCAUAUCGAGGUUUUCCAUCCUAUUUAGUAUGAGACCUUCUUAAAUGAUUAAUCAAGUAAAAUUUUUACCUCAAAUUAGAUAUAUAAUUUAGACUUACCCUCGAACUUAAAGGAACAAACUUUGUGUAAAGAAGAUUAUAGCUCAAAGAGAUCUAAAAAGAGCAAGCAGAAAGCUAAACACUAACAAUAAUAAAAUGAUAAGAUUGAAGAGACAUCUUAGAUUUAAAAUGCGGAUUCAUUAUUGAGUAAAACGAUUACAGCGAAUUAAGAAAUCUCAUAAUAAUAAUUACCUGAAAGUUACGAUAUUAUGUAAAAUCAGAGUAAAUCGAGACCUAAAAAUUCUAAUUAUAGCCUAAAUAUCUCAUAAUAAUAGAAUUAGAUUAGCAUCCAAAAUUCAUCGAUAAAUAAAAUUGAAGAAUUCGAUAACAUCUCCCUAUCAAAAUAAUCAGGAGAUUAAAAUCAUCUCAAGCAAGAAAAUUGUCACGCUUUUAAUAUAUCAAUAACUAAUAUUGAUGAUCAAGUUUGUAAAAUUCCAUCUCCAUAAAAUAUGACAAAUUAAUCCCGAGACCAAGAUGUAUUACAAUAUUAGUUGGACAUACAAAACAAAAGAUUUAAUCAUUUCGGUACACCAAAUCAAAGAUUAAUUCAUAAUCCAGGCAUGGUUAGCUUCUUUCCUCAAGAACCUAAGCAAAUAGCUUCACAGUAUUUCAAUGCAGAAAUUUCAAAAAACAAUAUUACAUCAUUUGGAGUCUAAAGAUAAAAUAAAGAAGAAUUCGCACUUUAAUAGCCAAAUAUUGAUUUUUCAAGUACUAUGCAUAAAAAAUUCCCUAAAAUUGCGCAGAUUAAGAAAGUUAUGCAAAUGUUGAUUAUGAUUAGUCUAAGUACUUUGAGAAACAAUAAAUAGAAAAGCAUGGUAUGGUCUCUCGUCACAAUUAUUUAUUCGAAUAGCAAACACAUAAUACCCAAAACCCAUUAGAAACUCAUCAAGAUACCAGAUUAUAUGAGAGAACAAUGCCAGACAAGAGUUCUAGUUUAACUUAAGAACUUAAAUUUGAUAGUUAUGGCUGCUUUAUUGAUCUAUAUUAAAAUCAGCAUUUAAUAAGCAAAGAUCAAAUUUUAAUGA